UGUGAUUUUCUUCUUUAGACUUUUCCUUUAGAAAUCGAAAUCGCUAGGGCUCUGUAAGAUCUAUGUGAUCUGAGUUUACUAUUGGCUAACGGAUCCCGAGGAGUCGCUCCUCCUCGAAUACGUCGUCGUUCUAUUUCCUCCCUUUUUGUUUUUUGUUGUUGAUACGAGCAGUUGAGUACUACUAUUGGAAGCGUAACUAGAUCGUCGUUGAACUGCUAGAACGAUUUGGUUUUCUGGCUACUCGGAAGCGCGUUGCCGACAAAAUCGUGUCGGCCGAAUCGCUCAGAAAAGGCGAACGCAUUCAGGGGUGGAGGGAAUCCUGCUGCAAGUGGUAGCUGUUUGAUUCUGAGUGAUUUUGUCACAGCAACAUGAAUAUGCCGCUGUUGGAUAUUCAACCGCGAACAUUGAAGUUUGAAGUUGACCUGAAGAAGCAGAGUUCCUGCGUGGUACAGCUAACCAAUACAACCCAUCAUUAUGUUGCAUUUAAGGUUAAAACCACAUCACCAAAGAAGUACUGUGUACGUCCAAAUGUUGGUGUUGUUGCACCAAAAUCAUCCUGUGAAUUUACUGUCAUUAUGCAAGCUUUUAAAGAACCACCUCCAGAUAUGGUUUGCAAAGACAAAUUCUUAAUCCAGAGUACUGCUGUACCUGCGGAAACAACUGAUGAAGACAUCACAACUAGCAUGUUUUCCAAAGCUGAAGGCAAACACAUAGAGGAAAACAAACUCAGAGUCACUCUCGUACCGCCCUCUGACUCACCUGAACUAUCUCCAAUCAAUGGGACACCGAAGCAGGGAGCAGUAUUUGAAGAUUCCAUCCUUAAGGAUCGUUUAUAUAGUCAAUCAGAGACGCUUGCUCCACCACAAUAUGAGGGUGAGAUUGUAAAAGAGCCUAGGGUGGUUGGACAUGAUGAGUUAAAGGCAGCCGACAAGCCACCACAAAUGGGCACCGUGGAUUUUAUGGAAGAUUUAUACACUGCCAAUGACUUGAAGGCAACUAAAGAUAGUUACGAUCCAUCGAGGAUGGCUAAAGAAACUGAAUUCGAUCCAAUCAGGUCUCAUAAGGAUGCAGAUGAUGGAAGGAGGAUUAAGGAAUCACAUAAUUUGGACGCUCCCAUGAAGAAGGCUAUGGAUCUACCUAGGGAUCAAGGGUUUACGAAUGGAAUAACUUCAGUUGACAGUGUAUCCUAUCCUAAGGAACCAAAGAUACCUACUAAAGAGAGAGAUGUUGUCCAGCUGCACAAAACAGAUGGUCAGCAUGUCAAAGGGCUGGAUGAAAUUAAGUUGGUUAAAGACAUUGAGGAGAUGAAGCUGAAAGUAGAUGCUCUUGAAUCCAAGUUAAAACAGGCUGAUUCAACCAUUUCGAAACUAAUGGAGGAGCGGUCUAUAAGCUCCCAACAUAGACAAAGUUUGCAACAUGAGCUGGCGGAACUGAGAACGAAGAAGAUAGUGAAAGAAGUGCACAUUGGGUUCCCUCUGCUGUAUGUAUGCAUUGUGGCAUUCAUCAGCAUUGUUAUCGGGUAUUGUCUGCGCACUUGACUGCUGGGUUCGGUCGUCGUUAUAUCAUAUCAAUCAAGUGUGCAGUCGAAAAUCUAGACGAAGAAGGGAAAAGGAUUAGUUUGUCUGUUUGGGUUUUUUUGCUUUGUGGGAGAGUAUGAAUGAUUCUCCGGCACAUUUACGAUGGAUAAUAUAGACUGUAUAGCGUUGGCGGUUAGUUAACAGAGGGACAUAUAUGGUAUGGGUGAUUUGCUUUGUUUCUCUGCUCUUUUACUAAUUUGAAGCAGUUUGUUGGAUUUGUCUCUUCUGAGUUUCCCUU